UCACGUCCAUUCGUCGUCGGUGGGUCGGUCGGGUCAUUCCUCUUCUCUCUGGUGGUGUUCGUUCUUUUCGGGAGUCUCCCCCGGUCUCCCCUCUUACAGCUUCGUCCACCAACUUCACACAUAUGAUGAUGGACAACAUCCCGAGGUUUCAACCAAGUUGGUGGAUGUCGGACGGGCUCGGAGCUUGGCUAAGCUUGGAUGAAGCUGGUAGAGCAGGAAAGUUGGAAUUGGAUAUCCAAUGUUGACACUCGGCCGAGUGUUGAACGGGAUAGAUCGGAAGGUCUGGGUUGGCAAUAAGGUAGGAGAGAGUGAAGUGGGCUGGCCUGGAGGAGGAAGAUCAUGGGGAUAGAAACCGUGUGUGUACGCGAGUGUGUGUCUGAGAGGGCGAGUAGUGUGCCUAACAAUUUCUGCUUUUCAAUGAGGAAAGGAAAGGCAACGUCGGCCUCCAGAGCACCAGCAACACCCUUUUUGGCCUUUCUUCUGGCUCUCCUUGGUGGUGGCGAUCUGCUCUUGUGGGUUAGACAAGGCUAGCCGAACACCCAGUUCCGAUAGAGAACAAGGACUGUUCCUGGCCUACCCUCACAACCAAAGCCUAAGAACCAAAAUCUGGGUCGAAUGGCAUCCAAGACAAAAGGGUCACGCCCCACAUUAAGGGACACGCCCUCAAUGGUAAAUUCUGCACCUGAGAGGAACAAGAGAGUGUUGUGAUAUGAAUAAUAUACUUCAGUAUUGACCAACAGUUCGUAGCAUAAUGGAUAUGCUACAGAAAGAUACGUUGUCAAUGAAGGGAUACUUGCUGUGGUUGUGUUUUUUGGCAGUAAGCUGGUGUCCCACCUCCUUGGCCAUACAAUGGCAAGACAACCUUCGGCCCAAAUUGUUCUGCUCAAUGACCGACAGAGACUACACAGCCUUCUUGGGAAAUGUGACAUCCAAGAACCACUUUUCGCAACUGUUUUACACCUCUACCACCGUGGACAAGCUCUCACCCCCGUUACUUCUUAUUGGAGCUAGAAACAUUAUGUAUAAAGUUAGUGCAGAUGAGCUUCGCCUUAAACAGACUCUAGUUUGGCACGCUUCAGACUUCGAUAAAGAAUCUUGCUCAGUCAAGGGCAAAAACAAAGAAACUUGCCAAAAUUAUAUUGUCGUGAUUCAACAAUACAGCACGGAUCCCUCGAGAUAUUUGAUUUGUGGGACUAAUGCCUUCAAGCCGAUGUGUCGAGAAUACAUCGAUGAGCGAGGGUCGUACGUGAAGCGGAGUGAAUUCUCAGGCUUGGGACUGGCCCCCUUUGAUCCCGCUCAUAACUCCACUGCGGUUCUGGUGGGAGGAGAACUUUACUCUGGAACCGUUGCCGAUUUCACCGGAGUGGAUCCUAUAAUAUUUCGUGAACCUCUUCGAACCCAGCAGUAUGACUCGGUUCAGCUCAACUCUCCUGACUUCGUCGGUUCUUUUGAACAUCAGGAUUUCGUAUACUUUUUCUUCCGGGAAGCAGCUGUUGAGUACAUAAACUGCGGGAAAGCAGUGUUCUCUCGAGUUGCCCGCGUAUGCAAAGGUGAUCAAGGUGGACCGAACAAGGCCAAAAAUUCCUGGACCUCCUACCUCAAAACAAGGCUCAAUUGUUCCGUGCCUGGACACUAUCCUUUCUAUUUCGACGAAAUCCAAGGCAUAUCCGAACUCGUUCAAGGUCAAUACGGCCCUGAAUCCGAUGGCCGAGACUCGGUUAUCUAUGCUACAUUCACCACUCCAUCAAAUUCAAUCGGAGCAUCCGCCGUGUGCGCAUUUAGACUCCGGGAAAUAAGUGAUGCAUUUAGCGGGCGUUUUAAAGAACAAAGAUCAUCAGGCGAGAACUGGCUCGCCGUUGACGAUAACAAGGUUCCGUCACCGCGACCAGGAAUUUGUAACAACGACACAAAAAGUCUUCCAGAUCAGAACUUGAACUUCAUCAAAACUCACUCAUUAAUGGAUGAGCCAGUUCAACCAUUUUUUGGAUCUCCCAUUGUCAUUAGGACUGGAAUGGUGUCUAGAUUCACUGUGAUUGCAAUUGAUCCCCAAAUCAAGACCACAGAUGGACGAGCCUUUGACGUCAUUUUUGUCGGUACAACGAACGGACGAGUUUUGAAAGUGAUAAAUGCCCAAUCUGCUUUUUCCCGGACCAAAGUGGAAACAAUCAUCAUCGAGGAAUUGCAAGUUUUUUCCAAUACUAUCUUUAUCAAGGAUGUGAAAGUGAUGGGACAUGGCACCGAAGGCCAACAAAGUCUAGGCUCACUUGCAGUUAUGUCUGAGACUGAAGUGCGAGCUUUCCCGGUCCAACGUUGCGAUCGGGCCUCUACCUGUGUUGAAUGUGUGGCCCUCCAGGAUCCGUAUUGCGCUUGGGAAAUUAGGUCGUCGAGAUGUAGUUCGGGGGAUUGGACGAAAAAUAUGGCUAGCAGUUUCAUCCAAUCGAUCACCACGGGAAUUCAUCCACAUUGUCCCGCUGGCGAUGCGGCAAGUGCUUCGGCACAAGCCGUGAGUCAAGUGUAUUCUUAUGAGAAAUUCCUCGGAGGACUGCAACUAGGGCAAGUCGUAAAUAUUAUUGAUGAAAGCCGAUUGGAAAACGAAAUUGGAGCUGGAACCCAGGGAGGGAGCGGGAUAAUAACCUCUGAUGUGGGUGCAGGGUCUGGCAAUGGCGUUCAGGUUGUGGAACCAUCCCAAGUUCUUUUUUCUUUGGAAACUCUGAUCAUUACUGUAAGUGCCGGCGCUGUGGCUGCCUUAGUGGUUGGGUUUGUCACGGGCUAUUGCUGUGGCCGAAAGUGUCGCAAGGAAGAAGAUGGGCACAUGCCCUAUCCUGAUACAGAGUACGAGUACUUUGAACAAAGAGGCGGACUAGCACGGCCCAUUUUAAUGGGUCCAGCUGGUGCUCCUUUAUUACCCGCACAAUCUGCUAAGCUUCAUGAUGGACGGCACGAAGAGGUCACCUAUGCUGAACCCGAUUUAGUCUCGGGACCUCUCAGACAGAUGCCACCUCCCACCGCAAAUCAGUUGGCUAUGAUGGCCCCUCCACCUCCUGGUCCUCCCACGAUGAUGCCAGGGACCAACCGAUAUCAGCCUUCCAUAGGAGGUGGUCCACCUAGUCAAGGUGUGUUGGGUGGACAUUACUCAAGUUCCUUGCUGAAUCCUCAGAACAAGUUCAAUACUAUUCACGCAGGUGGGAAACGCCCCUUGCCCAGCAUAAAUCAAUAUGAAAGCGCCGCUGAGGCCAAGCUGGGGAGUGGUAAAGACCCUGCCUACUACGCCAGGGGUCGCGACAAUCUCAACUCGUAUCAUAUGUCAACCUUGGGUCGAAGCACCUCCAUGCGCAACAAGGACCCCCUGAACACCCACAGGUCCAUGGGUGACCAUUCCAAUGCAAGCAGCUCUGAAGGCUCUUCUGGUGGGGGAGGUAAUGGCCUGGGUACUGGAGGGGGAGGAGGGAAAGGGUCCCAAGUGGUAGACAGUGCCUAUGGAACCACAAGGUCUGUGAAGAGCAAAGUGUAUUUGUAACCGGAGACUGAAUAGAGGUGGCAUUCUUGGCACUUGGUUAAGAAUGGCCAAGUUAUUGUCAUUAUGGUUGCAGUCAAGCAUUGUCAGUGAUCUCAACAAGCUUUUUUUCUAAGAUUGCAAAUCUUGUUACUGAAAUAUUCCUUCUGAACUCCUCCCUAUCUCUUUCCCACACACCCCUCUCUACCCGAUUAACUCGAAGUGUACAUUUCCAGUUCCAACCAUUCCCUGUAUCCCCUUUUGAAGGGCUUGAAAACGCACUUCCAUCAAGCCCAUCAACCCGCUCUUGCUGCCCGUGAACUCCCGCAAAAUUAAGCCUUUGAAUCUUUCACCUUGAGAAUGCGUUUCAAGCAAUCUUUCUCGACAUCACACAAAAAAUAUCAUUUCACUACUGUAUUCUAGUCCUUGAUCAAACGCACAUCACAAAGCCUUUUAGUAGGCUUACAAUGGCCACAUACCGUCUCCAAUAUUCUGGGUUACCCUUUUUAAUACUGUAUCAUAACCCCGACGAUGGCCCGAUUUUUACCAAGUCACUAGAUUUGCGGAAACAGAACACAUCAGCAUUGAUUGAUUAUUCGAGGCAGAUCGGGCAGAGUUCCUGAACACUACUCGAACGAAAUUGCAAAAUCACCAGUUAGCACUAGUCCUAUCGCACGCUAUUCACUUUUUGAGCAAUGUACCAUCCAGACUGGAAACGAAAAGUUGUGCUUUUAUUUCAAUCGCCAUCUUUACCUUCUCAAUUGCAAUCGGCCGACCAGUUUUGAGCGAAGAUGAGCUCAAACCAGUCAGUUAGUAUUGGGCAAGAUGUUUGGUCACGUUCCAUUCGUUUUUUUUACUUCAAACAUUGAACACUGGCAUUGACUGUCUGCCUGGGGAAAAACAUUUUUCUAUUGGUUCUGCCUCAUCUUUGAUAAACGAACUAUUUUGAUUAUAUUUGAAUGGAGAUACGAAAGAACCGUGAGGCAACUUCAAAGCAAUCAAGUGCCGAGCUUUAUUUCCGGAUCAUUUUACAAUCUUUACGGUACAUAAAAAUUACGGACGUAUACUAAUUAUGAACUGCUGCUUAUCCGCAUCAUUGAUAUAGAUAUUAAGUGAACGACAUCAACAACAACUACUUCGACAAGAACUACAACAAUGACGCCACAAAUUCCGUUGGCAACGAUUAUUAUUGAUAUUUUACCAACAUUUCGAAUAAACGUGUGUUCGAAUUCCAUUA